AAAUCUCAUACACACAAACCCAUUACUCCUCGAUGGGUGACACUAAGGAGGAUGGUUCUGGCUCUAGGCGAAAAACGUUGCUUAAGGAAAAAAGAGCAUAUUUUUUUAGAAAAUGGACAAGCGUCGAUGUAAUGAGAGCUUCAAGUGUUGUGGCCGUGCAUUUGUUGUGUGUCCUGGCUCCUUUUAACUACAAAUGGGAAGCUCUCCUGUUCGGUUUUAUUCUCGCUGCGGUGACUAACCUCAGCAUUACAUUCUCGUACCAUAGAAACUUGAGUCACAAGAGCUUUAAGCUACCUAAAUGGCUUGAAUAUCCAUUUGCUUAUUCAGCACUUUUUGCGCUUCAGGGUCAUCCAAUAGAUUGGGUGAGCACACAUAGGUUCCAUCACCAGUUCACAGAUUCGGAACGUGACCCACAUAGCCCUAUCGAAGGAUUCUGGUUCAGUCAUGUCUUGUGGAUAUUCGACACCAGUUACCUCAAAGAAAAGUGUGGUGGACGUAACAACGUGAUGGACUUGAAACAACAAUGGUUCUAUAGGUUUCUACAAAAGACAACUGGUCUCCACAUCAUGACGUUUUGGACCCUCAUCUAUUUAUGGGGUGGUCUACCUUACUUAACUUGCGGCGUGGGUGUUGGAGGAGCAAUCGGUUACCACGGGACAUGGCUCAUAAACUCAGCAUGUCAUAUUUUGGGCUCGCGAGCGUGGAACACCAAAGACACAUCUCGUAACAUUUGGUGGCUAGCACCAGUGACGAUGGGAGAAAGCUGGCACAACAACCACCAUGCCUUUGAGGCCUCGGCUAGGCAUGGACUGGAAUGGUAUCAGUUAGACAUAACUUGGUACCUUAUUAGAUUCUUCCAGGCUCUCGGUUUAGCCACCGAUGUCAAAUUGCCUUCAGAAGCUCAGAAACGCAAGAUGGCUUUUUAAUCUCAUCUCUAAUUUCUAUCUAAUUCAUUUUCAACCUUAAUUUUAUUCAUCACACACUCUCUUGUUACUAUGUAAAACAUUAUUUGCGAAUAAUCAUGAACUUGUAAAACUGGUCGAUUCAAAACACUUACUUAAUAAAGUACAUUGCACG